AGGCCCUGGUGCGUUGUUCUCGCGAAGGAAUGCGGGUUUUGGUUGAAAACAGUCCAUUGUCGGACCCCCAUGCAGCUCUUGUCUCUCCCACUUGGCGCUCGCCGCGCCCCGAUGUCUCUCUCUUUCUGAUCCUUUAUCGCUUGCAAGACACACAGCGGCAAGGUAGGUCAAUGGCGAAGGACAAGAGCCGCAGCAAGGAGCAGGUGACUCGUGAGUACACCAUUCACCUGUCCAAGCGGCUGCACAAGACCAGCUUCAAGAAGUGCGCCCCCAAGGCGGUGAAGGAGAUUCGCAAGUUUGCCUCCAAGGUGAUGGGCACGUCCGACGUGCGCCUGGACGUGAAGCUCAACAAGGCUGUGUGGAGCAAGGGCAUUAAGAACGUGCCCACCCGCCUGCGCAUCGUCAUCAGCAGGCGGCGCAACGACGACGAGGACGCCAAGGAGGAGAUGUACUCGUUCGUGACCGUUGCCGAGGACCAGAGCACCAAGGGCAAGGGCACCGUCGUGGUGCAGGACGCGUAAGCCAUACGCCGCAAGUGUGUAACUCUUUCUGUGG